UCGCCUCCCUCUGCCGCCGCCCCGGGCCGGCUCCGCGCCCCCUCCCUGGCCCCCGCCCGUGCACCCUCCCGCUUGCCCGUCGCCCAGAUGGCGCCCCGGGGUCCCCUUGCACCUGGCCACUAGGACCCUCGGUGUCUCCUCCCCUCCCCCGUCCUGCCCUCGCUCUCUCGUUUGCUCGCUCAGCGAGGACUCGGGCGUCCACGGCGCCCAGCUUUUUUGAGCUCGCGUCCCCAGGUCGGCUGGGGGGGGAGGGGAAGAAGGGGACCCCAGGAUCCCCACCCCCCCCACCCGGCCACCCCUUGUCCCCUUCCCUCCUGGGACCCCAGAGAAGAUGUCUUCGAGGACGGCGCUGGCCCCGGGCAACGAUCGGAACUCGGACACGCAUGGCACCUUGGGCAGUGGCCGCUCCUCAGACAAAGGGCCAUCCUGGUCCAGCCGAUCCUUGGGUGCCCGUUGCCGGAACUCUAUCGCGUCCUGCCCCGAGGAACAACCCCAUGUGGGCAACUACCGCCUGCUGAGGACCAUCGGAAAGGGCAACUUCGCCAAAGUCAAGCUGGCCCGGCAUAUCCUGACAGGUCGGGAGGUCGCUAUCAAGAUCAUCGAUAAAACCCAGCUAAACCCCAGUAGCCUGCAGAAGCUGUUCAGAGAAGUCCGAAUCAUGAAGGGACUCAACCACCCCAACAUCGUAAAGCUCUUCGAGGUGAUAGAGACGGAGAAGACGCUGUACCUCGUGAUGGAAUAUGCCAGCGCAGGAGAAGUGUUCGACUACCUCGUGUCGCACGGCCGCAUGAAGGAGAAGGAGGCCCGGGCCAAGUUCCGACAGAUCGUGUCCGCCGUGCACUACUGUCACCAGAAGAACAUUGUACACAGGGAUCUGAAGGCUGAGAACCUGUUGCUGGAUGCCGAGGCCAACAUCAAAAUCGCCGACUUUGGCUUCAGCAAUGAGUUCACACUGGGGUCGAAGUUGGACACGUUCUGUGGGAGCCCACCGUACGCCGCCCCAGAGCUGUUCCAGGGCAAGAAGUACGAUGGGCCAGAGGUGGACAUCUGGAGCCUGGGCGUCAUCCUCUACACGCUGGUCAGCGGCUCCCUGCCCUUUGAUGGGCACAACCUUAAGGAGCUGCGGGAGCGUGUCCUCAGAGGAAAGUACCGAGUCCCCUUUUACAUGUCUACAGACUGCGAGAGCAUUCUGCGGAGAUUUCUGGUGCUGAACCCCGCAAAACGCUGUACUCUAGAGCAAAUCAUGAAAGACAAAUGGAUCAACAUUGGCUAUGAGGGUGAGGAGCUGAAGCCAUACACGGAGCCUGAGGAGGACUUCGGAGACACCAAAAGAAUUGAGGUGAUGGUGGGUAUGGGCUACACACGGGAAGAAAUCAAAGAGGCCUUGACCAGCCAGAAGUACAACGAGGUGACCGCCACCUACCUCCUGCUGGGCAGGAAGACUGAGGAGGGUGGGGACCGGGGUGCCCCAGGGCUGGCCCUGGCACGGGUGCGGGCGCCCAGCGACACCACCAACGGGACAAGUUCCAGCAAAGGCAGCAGCCACAACAAAGGGCAGCGAGCUUCGUCCUCCACCUACCACCGCCAACGCCGGCACAGCGACUUCUGUGGCCCGUCCCCUGCCCCGCUGCACCCGAAGCGCAGCCCAACCAGCACCGGGGAGACGGAGCUCAAAGAAGAGCGGCUGCCGGGUCGGAAAGCAAGCUGCAGUGCAGCCGGGAGCGGGAGUCGGGGGCUGCCCCCCUCCAGCCCCAUGGUCAGCAGUGCCCACAACCCUAACAAGGCAGAGAUUCCUGAGCGACGGAAGGACAGUACAAGUACCCCUAACAACCUUCCCCCCAGCAUGAUGACCCGCAGGAAUACCUAUGUGUGCACGGAGCGGCCAGGGGCUGAGCGCCCAUCCUUGUUGCCAAAUGGCAAAGAAAACAGCUCGGGUACCUCACGGGUGCCUCCUGCCUCUCCCUCCAGUCACAGCCUGGCUCCCCCAUCGGGAGAGCGGAGCCGCCUGGCUCGAGGCUCCACCAUCCGUAGCACCUUCCACGGGGGCCAGGUCCGAGACCGGAGGGCAGGGGGCGGGAGUGGUGGGGGUGUGCAGAAUGGACCCCCAGCCUCACCCACGCUGGCCCACGAGGCCUCGCCCUUGCCCUCCGGGCGGCCUCGCCCCACCACCAACCUCUUCACCAAGCUGACCUCCAAACUGACCCGAAGGGUCGCAGACGAACCUGAGAGAAUCGGGGGACCUGAGGUCACAAGUUGCCAUCUACCUUGGGAUAAAACGGAAACCGCCCCCAGGCUGCUCCGAUUCCCCUGGAGUGUGAAGCUGACCAGCUCUCGUCCUCCUGAGGCCCUAAUGGCUGCCCUGCGACAAGCCACCGCAGCUGCCCGCUGCCGAUGCCGGCAACCGCAGCCGUUCCUGUUGGCCUGCCUGCACGGGGGUGCGGGCGGGCCCGAGCCCCUGUCCCAUUUCGAAGUAGAGGUGUGCCAGCUGCCCCGGCCCGGCCUCAGGGGCGUCCUCUUCCGCCGAGUGGCGGGCACCGCCCUGGCCUUCCGCACCCUCGUCACCCGAAUCUCCAACGACCUCGAACUCUGAGCCGCCACCACCACCACCACCGCCGCCGCCGCCACCAUCACAGCCUGGGUCCCUUCCUCAUUUUCUGGUCCCUUUUACUUCUCCAAGAGGAAAGGGGGACAGAGGAGAGGGUGCCCCGUGUCUUGACCUCAGUCUCCUCGGAUUAUAUUGGUGGACGCGGGGACACAUGACAUGAUGAAAUAAGGCUCGGCAGGGGGAGCUGGCACCUUCCCGGGGCCUCUCGUGCUCCACCCCCAUCUUGCUCUGCUGCAGGGAGCUUAGGAGACUUUGGGAACAGGAGUGAUAAGGGAAACUGAGGAAAUUAUCCCAUUCAGGGAGACUUGCCAGGCAUAAUGACGAGACAGAACUUGGGGGUGCAGGGAGUGGGGGGGUCACAGGCAGAAACUUUCCCCUCCCUCCCCUUUAUGCUCUAACCCCCUUCCGCCCCAGGCUGGCGCGGGGCACUUUGUACAAAUCCCUGUAUAUACUCCUGUCCCUCUGCAGAGGUCUCUCGGGGAGCUGCCACUGUCACCUCUGGUUUUUAAGUUAUUGCCCCCUCACCCCCUGUCAGCUCCUCAUUUGCAGCCUGUUACCCAAUAAUUAGUAGGAGAGUCCCUCUCGUUCCCAAAGCCCUCCCUGGCCGACCUGGGGUUUUCCUUCCCGGCCCUUGGCCUGCAGGUGAGCCAGGGAGCUGGGGACUUGACCCCAACCUGUGGUUCUGCUUGCUGAGCCUUGGUUAUCUCAUCUGCAGAAUGGGAACAGUGGGGUUGGAGGUUCAAGGAUGACUACGGAAGAGGCACAACAGAACUCAGCCUCUCCCCAUGAGGCCCCAGCGUUCUGUCAAACCCCUCCUCUUGGCCACUCGCUCCCCUCUGCCGUAUUACACUGGACUCAAAACCUCUUCCUAUUCAGUAAUACAUGUAUUCAAUAAACAAUGACUGGUGCCGACUCCACGCUAGGCCCAGUUCUGGACACGAGCACGGAGCCCGUGUGGGUUGUAGCUGGGCUCAGCUGGUACAGUGCUUGCUUGGAAUCCCAGAUUCCAUCCCUAUUCUGCAAAAGUCACUUGUGUUGACAGUGGUGGCACAUGGCUUUAAUCCCAGUGCUCCAGAGGCACAAGCAAGCCUGGUCUGCAGAGAAAGUCCCAGGACAGCCAGGGGUACACAGAGAAACCCUGUCUGAGAACAAAUCCGUGUGUGUCUGGCCUGUAAUUCCAGCAUGUAAGAGGUAGAGGCAGGAUAAGGGCCAGCCUGAGGUACAUGAAACAACCCACAAAAAAAUGCAUUCGCAGAAACCUGCCAGUGAUUAGUUGAGCAGCCUUUGGUUUUGCGCUGGGUCCCUGAACUAAGCCCUUGUCAGUUGUCCAAUCUGUCGAAGUAGCAGUGGUCGGCUUUUGACAUUUGAAAGCAUCGGGCUCAUCUCACUGUGUAGCCCAGGCUAGCCUUUCACUUGCGGAUGGUAUCUUAUGUGGGGACAGCCCUAGCCGUACCUUCUGGGACCUGAAUCCCCAAAGAGGCCUGACUGGGAUUCUUUUUUCAAGGG